AUGACUGCUCAUAGUGCAAGUGCAUCGUCCUUCGUUCAAUCACUACCUCCAAGGAUAGAGCCACAAUAUGUCAGAAUUGUUGGCGAUUCAGUGGGUGUUGUUAAUCUUACGCCAGCCGCCCUACAAUGUCUUGCUGAUAAACUGACACAAGUGUUGUCUCGUUGCUCAAUCCUAGCCCACAAGAUUACUCUACAUGGUCGACGAAGGACUAUGAAGGUGGAAGAUGUGCAGCAUGCUCUUCGAGAACUGAGUAUUCCGAUGCCUAUCGGUGCUUUAACUCGCUCACAGCCCUCUAUGAGACAGCUUCGCAUGCCGGGAGGGGAACAACUCUAUGUACGAGAAGAUGUUGACGUUGAUGUCCAGUCUAUUUCGCAACACUCACAAGCAAAAGUUCCGGUAAAAAGGCACAUUAGAGUUCACUGGAUACGAGUAGACAGUGAGGAAGAACCACCUCAAGAGAAGAAAGCCAAAAAGGCCAGUCAAGCAAGUGUUUGGAGAUUCCAACGAGUGUUUCUUCAGGAGCAGCAGAUUUAUCUCAAGGAGAUUGUUGAGGCGUGUGUAGGCCAAGAUGAUCGCAGAAGACAGCAAGCCUUGCAAUCGUUAGAAAGGGACACCGGCAUCCAGGAGCUAUUACCACGAUUAUCGCGCUUGAUACAUACUUCCGUGCGUUGCAACAUAGUUCACCGCUGCCUUUCAAUGUUAAUUUAUGUUGUAAGAAUGAUGAGGUCAAUUGCUGUCAAUAAAUCGGUGAAACUUGAUGGAGUGCUCCACGAAUUUCUGCCAUCCCUGAUGAGUUGCAUGUUGGGACGAGUUUUAUGCACUAGACCUGAUUCCGACAAUCAUUGGGCAUUGCGAGAUUUCGCUGGCAAGACUUUGAUUACCAUAAUAAAAGAUCACGGAACCAAAGAGACCAGGCGUCGUUCAUUUCGUGCAGUAAAGCGAAUUUUUGACGAACCCUCAUCAAGUUAUUCAAUGAUAUAUGGGACUAUCACCACUCUUCUAGAAUUUGCGUCUCCAGUAGAGCUUAUCCGGUUACACCCUCGCUUCAUGGUGCUGCUAGAACGAACUCGUACAGCAGCAGCGACUAGCGCUGAUCAACAAGAACGUAUUGAAGCUCAUAAGUUGCAUGCUGCACUCACGAAACAUGAACCCGCGCUGCGUCGACUCAUCAAGCAGGCAGCACUAGCAUCUAAGAAAGAUCAUUCAAAAGCAUAUGUUUGA